AUGUCAAAAGCCAUCGGUAUAGAUUUGGGUACCACAUACUCGUGUGUGGCACAUUUCACCAAUGACCGUGUAGAGAUUAUUGCCAAUGACCAAGGUAACAGAACCACGCCGUCGUACGUGGCGUUCACGGACACAGAGCGGCUGAUCGGCGACGCAGCAAAAAACCAGGCGGCGAUUAACCCAAGGAACACUGUUUUCGACGCCAAGCGGCUGAUUGGCAGGCGGUUUGACGACCCGGAGGUGACGAUGGACGCCAAACACUUCCCGUUCAAAAUAGUGGCGCGGGAGGGAAAGCCUCACGUGGAAGUGGACUAUCGCGGCGAGACCAAAGUGUUCUCGCCGGAGGAGAUCUCGGCCAUGGUGUUGGGAAAGAUGCGGGAGACUGCAGAGGGCUAUCUGGGCGGCAAUGUGACGGAUGCCGUGGUCACGGUGCCGGCGUAUUUCAACGAUUCCCAGAGACAGGCCACCAAGGACGCCGGUACCAUCGCAGGUCUCAACGUGUUGCGGAUCAUAAACGAGCCCACAGCGGCUGCCAUUGCGUACGGUCUUGACAAGAAGGGCCGUGCAGAGCACAAUGUACUCAUAUUCGAUCUGGGCGGUGGUACCUUCGAUGUGUCGUUGCUGUCCAUUGACGAAGGUAUAUUCGAGGUGAAGGCAACCGCAGGUAACACGCAUUUGGGUGGUGAGGAUUUUGACAAUCGCCUGGUGAACCACUUGGCUGCGGAAUUCCAACGCAAGAAUCGCAAGGAUUUGACCGGCAACCAGCGGUCUUUGAGGCGUUUGAGGACUGCUGCAGAACGUGCCAAGCGUUCGCUAUCAUCUUCUGCCCAAACUUCAAUCGAAAUCGACUCUCUCUUUGAGGGCUUGGACUUUUACACUUCUCUCACCAGAGCCCGUUUUGAAGAGCUUUGUGCGGACUUGUUCCGCUCCACAAUGGACCCUGUGGAGAAGGUGCUGCGUGACGCUAAACUGGGCAAGUCCCAAAUUGACGAAAUCGUGUUGGUUGGAGGUUCCACCCGUAUUCCAAAAAUUCAGAAAUUGGUGACCGAUUUUUUCAAUGGUAAAGAUCCCAACAAGUCCAUCAAUCCGGACGAGGCUGUUGCUUACGGUGCAGCAGUUCAAGCCGCCAUCUUGACUGGUGACCAGUCCUCAAAAACUCAGGAUUUGUUGUUGUUGGACGUGGCACCUUUGUCUUUGGGGAUUGAAACUGCUGGAGGUAUCAUGACUAAACUGAUCCCUAGGAAUUCCACUAUCCCCACCAAAAAGACAGAAACUUUCUCUACUUAUGCCGAUAAUCAGCCUGGAGUAUUGAUUCAGGUCUAUGAAGGGGAGAGGACUAGAACCAAGGAUAACAACUUGUUGGGCAAGUUUGAACUCAGUGGUAUACCACCGGCCCCUCGCGGGGUGCCUCAGAUCGAGGUCUCCUUUGAUUUGGAUGCCAACGGUAUUUUAAAUGUUCACGCUUUGGAGAAGGGCACCGGUAAGUCCAGCAAAAUCACCAUCACGAACGAUAAGGGUCGUUUGUCCAAGGAUGACAUUGAACGGAUGGUUUCUGAUGCUGAAAAAUUCAAGGCUGAAGACGAGCGUGAAGCCGAAAGGGUUCAAACCAAAAACUCUUUGGAGGCCUACACGUUCAGCCUCAAGAACACGCUCAGCGAAUCUGCUUUCAAAGAGAAGGUUGGGGAUGCUGACCACGAAAAGUUGAAGACUCUGGUUGAGGAAACCAUUUCAUGGCUGGAUUCCUCCUUGGCUGCUUCCACUGAUGAGUAUAAGGAUAAACAAAAGGAGUUAGAAGAUGUUGCCAACCCAAUAAUGACCAAAUUUUACCAAUCUGGUGGUGCACCCCCUGGUGGUGUUCCUGGCGGUGUUCCAGGCGGCGCUCCAGGCGGUGCUGGUACGGGUGGUCCCGGUGCUGGUACCACGGAUUCUGGUCCAACUGUUGAAGAAGUUGAUUGA